UGACGUCAUUGAUAUUCAUCAUGUCUGCCAGUAGUGAGUAGGACGUAUGUGACAUUUCUUUCUCUGUAAAACUAAUGUAUUUUAACGUGGCCAAUGAGUUUUUGAUAAUGAUAAAUAUAUAGAAUACAUUUAAUCCAAAGGUAGAUCAAAUGGCGGGAAAAUCAAAAUUGUUGAAAGUUGUUUUGUUAGGCGAUGGGGGUGUUGGAAAGAGUUCGUUGAUGAAUCGUUUUGUUAGUAAUAAAUUUGAUGCACAGUCGUUCCAUACAAUUGGCGUAGAGUUCUUAAACAAGGAUGUUGAAGUGGAUUCUGAGGCGUACACGAUGCAAAUCUGGGAUACAGCGGGUCAAGAACGAUUCAAGAGUCUUCGUACUCCAUUUUACAGAGGUGCCGAUUGCUGUUUAUUGACUUACGCUGUGGAUGACUUACAGAGUUUCAAAAAUUUAGCCAUGUGGAAGAAAGAAUUCCUUUUUUAUGCCGAUAUCCAAGAUGGCAAUAGUUUUCCUUUUGUUGUGCUAGGCAACAAAAUAGAUGUAGAAAAUCGAUUAGUCCCUGAAGAAGAGGCUAAAGCCUGGUGUGCAGCCAAUGGGGGAAGUCCUUACUUCGAAACGAGUGCAAAAGAUUCCACUAAUGUUGAUCGAGCUUUUAAAUCUGCUGUACAGCGUUUACGUGAAUUGGAGGAUAGAAUGGACAUCAAACCUGCUCAUGGCAACACCGUUGACCUUCAUAAGAAGUCGAAAUCCAACCCAGGUUGUUGCGGAUAAAAUAACAAGUUUUAAUUUUAGUGGAAUAUCUGUGAUUAUAAAAUAUGUGACUCUAACAGUACCGAAACUUGAGACAAGAGGCGGAAUAUACAAUAAACGAGUUAAUAAAUAAAAUGAAGUUUAGAAAAUACCCCAUGGAAAAUCUUUUUUAAAUAUAGCAGAAAGCUAAGGCUAUAUAUUAUGCCUGAAGUCUGUUAUUAUCAUUAUACCUGUAUAUUCAUAAGUAAGGGAGAUAAUCAAAUUCAGUAGCACACAUGUGUACACAUGUAUUACACAUCUAAAUCCUGUUCUCUAUAAUGUGUAGUUAUUUUGUCCCUGAAUUUGAUUAUCUCCCUUUGUACAAUGUAUGCACAUUUGAACGUAAUAGACUUUAGACAUAAUCUGUUUUCCAAUCCAGUUGUUGCUUCAAAAUAAUGUUCCUAUUCAGGGCUUGACACUGCCGGCGGCCUCGACGACCAUGGCCUUCGAAUUUUAGAAUUUGGCCGCGGAUUCGUGGCCGUUUUUUAACUAUCCACGGCCAUGUAUGGUCGCCGAUUAGUGCUGGGUAUGGAGAGUUAUUUUUACUAUCGAUAAUCGGUAUCGAAACAAUCUUAUUUUCACGAUCGUAAUGAAGAAUGGAUUACGUGUUUUAAAGUCAAACCAUACGAUGUUUUUGUUCGUCUAAUUAAUAAUAAACUGUCUCAUAUUACGUAUAAAUUGUUUAAAUAAUGUAGCCUUGGUUCUGAAUGACGAAAUACCAUUGAUAGGCCUAUGUAUGUGCAGGAACCAAAAUAAAAUGAGCACGAGUCGAUUCAAAACAUUGCCUACGUGAGCGCGACAAAUACCAACAUGGUGGACAAAUCGUUGUCGAUUCAUGUGCUAAAACUAAAGAAAAUGUGUAAAGAGCUUGUUAUCACGAAUUCGUAAAUUGUUCAUUAUUAUUAAAAAAAUACAGCCUUGAUUCCGAAAGAAGAAAUACAAACGUUUUUGUCAUCCAUCAUUGCUAUAUAAGCAGCCAGACGAAUUCUGAAAGGGGAAAAACUCUGAAUUAUUUACACAUCCGGGUAUCUCCAAUUUAGCGAAUUCCAUGAUAUGGCGAUUAUUGUUUCAAACUAAAGUAUUGUUUAAAUGUGGGUGAACAUUUUUUUUAAAAAGCUAAAUUGAGAUUGAGACUUUGAAGUAAAUAUAAAGUGACCGAUGUAGGCUAUUGUAUUAUUAUAUAUAUACGAAGGAUUAAGUCACAGAAAACAUCCAGUCGACUCCUACGCACGCACGAAAAAAUAGACGAAGAGAACGAUACCGGUACUCGAUAGUGCUUUUUGGCAUAUCUUAUCGAUACUAUCGAUAUUUUACCCAGCUCUACCGAUGAUAUAGCAAUACUUUCAACUCUCAAUAUGGCUACAUGCUGUUUUUUAAAAUAUUUUUUAGAAUAAAAAAAUUGUACUAAAAACGGUACGAUAAGAAUUUUCUCCCUUAACUCAAUAACCGUAAGUAAGGAUGCAUUAUUUUUGUAAAAGUAAUAAAAAUAUUGAACGUGAUGUGAUAGGCAGGCCUGUAACAACAUUUUGACUGAGAAACAAGAUCUACAGUAAACAGAUUUACAUAUGAUCGACAUAUUAAAACCUUCUAAAUAAGCUGAUAAUAUCAUAAUUCAUGACAUAAAAAUUGGCGUUGGAUUUUCAAUUUUUGGCCUUGGAUCAAGGUUGCACUUUGGCCUAUCGUAGGCCAAAGUUGGCCUUCGAUCGAAAAAACGAAUUUCGAGCCCUGUUCCUAUUAGAUUUUUGAAAGAAAUUUUCCCAUAAUAGACCUCUGUGGUUACGCCACGCUGUACCAAUUCGAUAAAGUGCAUGUAUAAUAAAAAAAAGCAUUUUCAUGUAUUACUAAAGAUAAUAUGUAUAUGGAAAAAAGAGAAUGAAUUUCUAAAAUCAACAAGAAGGCUUUAAAAUAUGCUAGUUUCAGUCAUGUUCUAUAGCGCACGAUCUUGACUGACAUGUUUGGCCGACAUGAUCACAUCUAUUAUUUAGUAUCUCGUUUAUAGUCUGUUCAUGUUAAAAAUGGAACAUUUCUGUGUAGGCUAUUUGUCUAUAAUGCAUGGUGGCAUAAAUGGCUUGGUGGAUUAAUUUCAUAUGCAUUGAUAUGUACAUGUUAUUCCUUCAUUUAAUUAAGAAUUUCAGUAUCAGUGAGGUUUUGAAAUAUAUGCUUUCAUUACAUACAGUGUAAAUGUAUUAUUAUUCCUUGAAAAAACUUCUAGUCCAUGUGUAAAGGCAUGCUCAGACACAGGGAUGGUCAAAGGGGCAGAUAACUCUGUCCAAGAGGGCAGAUAAUCCAGUCACCGUUUGUAGAUAAUUGUAUAUAUUCCCACUACAUUUAGCCAAUAGGCUCAACAGUCUCACCUAAAUAUGAUGCAUAUCUGGCUAUUCAACCAGGUAGUUUUUAGACUGGACCAACUUCAAAUUUUGUUAUUCUGGAACACAUUAUUAAUUUUUUUUUAUUCUUAUUUCAUUGGGAAAGAAAACCAUUUAACAUGAAAAAAUACUUUUCUGCUUAUCUGUAAAGCAUAAAAUUCAAAUUUCAAAGUUUAGAAGUUUUAAUCAAAACGUCUUUUACGAGACACAUUUGGCUAUUUAUUUGUGAAGUCCAUGAAAAACUAAAAAUUAAAUCGUUUACAAGGGUUUUGAUUUUUUGUGUUCAAGUUCAAUUCAAGAGUUUUCUGUCUUAGUUAAAAACAAGAUGUAAAUAAGUUAAAAUUAGUAAUGAAACUGAAUUUCACAUUUUAUAUUUAAGAAUUGAAAUUUAAUCAUACAGAUCUUGUCUUGUCUGUAAUAGAGAGAACAUAUCAACUCAACCCAAUUCAACAUCUUAUUUUAGGUCAGUCAAUGAAAUGAAAUGGAGUUUAACGUCCUACUGUUCUGCUCAACAUCUUAAUUUAGGUCAGUCAAUGAAAUGAAAUGGAGUUUAACGUCCUACUGUUCUGCAUCAAUUCGGUUAAUGAAGAUAGGUCAGUCAAUGAGGUUUAGCACUCUUACAGUAACAUAAUAUACUAAUUUUCAAAAGAAAGUAUACACACUUAAAAUAUGAAUAAGUUUUGUUUAAAUCAACAAAAUGUGAUAAAACUACACUGAACAUGUCUCGUGUGUCCAAACUCAAUAUUUCUAAGCAAAUAAAUAGCAAAACAAAUGGACAUUGUACCCAAAUACCGCAUACAAUGGAAAAACGACUUUGUUUGAAGCAGGACGAAAUGCACAGUGUAUACUUUCUUUUGGACAUUAGUAUACAUGUGGGACUUUGCUAAAGACUCCUAUGCGCAAGCGAAUUAUUAAAACAAAGUUGAACCAUGUGUUAGUCCCAAAAUGACUAAUAUAAAACAAAACCCCUAUACCCAAGUGAAAGACCUUUGUUAAAAUAAAGUUGAACUACAUGUAUGUGUUAGUUUGUGUCGAGUAGAGGUUAAACUUCAUUUCUCUCUUGAAAUCGGGUUCAAAUGUAAUAUUGAAAUUAAAUGGCAUUACAUUAUAAUAUGAUGGUUACAUGUAUAUCUAGAAAAAUAACAGAAUUAGUUCCUGAUGAUUGUGAAAUAAUCUAAUUGUUCCCCUACCUUUAUAAUAAAGCAGUGGACUCAUAAAUUGGGUUCAUUCAUCUUGUCUGUCUCACCUUUUGGGACUCAAUAACUUUGCUUCUGCUAGAAUGUUAAAAUAGAUGCAUGUGUUCAUUACAUGUAGGUGAAUGUCUGGAGUUAUCUUUGUAAAUACAAGAAUAUGAAAGUAAUUAAUAAGUGUCAUCUAUUUUGGGAUUGAGGCAGGAAUUGUUAGCCUCACUGUUGAUCUGUAUUUUAAUUGUUUGUGAUAAUAGAUUCCAGCGGUUAAGAGAUAUGUUUUAUUCGGAUAAUGUACAUGUACAUUUGUUUUUACGCAUAUUUUUUUGGCUAGUCGGAAACAAAGAAAAGGUUUUGAUCAGCAGGAGCGUAAGUUGUAAUAAAAUGUCUUACUACAUGUAUUUACAUGGACAAAAACCUAAAGGGAGUUUGAAAUUUAUGAGAAGCAAGUUUAGAAAUAGGGAAUCUUUUACAGGCAAAUUCUGAAUUUGUCAGGCAUAAUCAUCCCUCUGGUGUCACUUUUGGUUACAGAUUUGUCUUUUUUCAAUGUUUUUAUUGAUUAUUAUUCAUGUAUGUCUGGCACAAAAUUAAUGUCAGGUUCUAGAUCACUAUUUACAUUUUGUCACUAAAAUCAUUACUUGUAGGCCUGGAAUAACUGCUCAAAUCUAGGCUUAGAAUAACCGGUCAUUGGAAUAACUGGUUAUUUCUAGGCCUAGUAAUAACCGGUCAUUGGAAUGACUAGUAACUUCUAGGCUUAGAAUAACUGGCCAUUGGAAUAACGCUUUUAACAUGUCCUGUAUUAUUACAUAAUUACAACAGGGAAAUAUUGAUCAAUUUUUCUCUGUUUUGAAGAUUUUUACAAUGCUCGCCAGAAUCUUACCAUCUCGCAUACAUUAUUAAAAAAAUUUAAAUUAAUAUAAAUUAAACAAAAAUCUCAUUUCUAUGUUCCCGGUUUCUUGUACACAAUAUCUCUGUGUUAACAUGUAAUUAUACAUUUAAAACAUGCAACUAUAUAUAUGUUUAAAACAUGCUUGUUGAAAUUAACGUGUAUACCGUUAUUGUAUAACUUUAAUUAUAUGUGGUACUCAACUAUUGCAGUGUAGGUAUCAGAUGUCCAAUCUGAUUAAAACACAGGUCUUAUUUCGUUUCGUUUUUUAUAGUUAAAAAUUUCGUUUUGUCUUCAACACUAGGAUCUGGAAGAAUUGUUAUAUAACAGGUGUUCUAGUUGAUGGGGGGGGGGGGAAAUUAACCAAUGAAGCGGUCUGUUACAGCGAGUUCUUGGUGUGCUCUGCACGGGACUGGGUAAACCCCUAUAAACGUCAAUGUUGAUUGAUUAAUCAAUGUCUAAUGUCAUAGGGUCAAAAGCCGCAAGUAUGACCCCUGACGUGACCUUUCAGUACAACUGGUCAGAUCUUUGUGUUGUGUAGGCCAUCGAAAGUAUAAAAAUACGAAACAAAAUAUAGAUCUGUAUUUUAUUCAGAUGGUCAGAUGUCCAAUACCGCAAGGUAUUAGGUGUUAGUUGAAUACCUCAAGGUAUCGGAUGUUUGUGUAAUACUUGAAGGUAUCAGAUGAUUAAUACUUAAACGUAUCAGAUGAUUGAUUAUUACUUGAAGGUAUCAGAUGAUUGAUUAAUACUUCAAGGUAUCAGAUAUUGGUGUAAUAGGAUGAAUAAAAUGCUUGUUGAAAUUUUCUUGUACAAUUAUUGUAUUUUAUAUAAUAAAUGCUAAUUAACAUGU